AUGAGUAGUACUACAACUGCUACAUCUGCUGAAAACAGCAACACCUCUACUACUUCUACUACCACUACAACUUCAUCAACAAAUGACAAUACCUCCUCUUCCUCUACUACCACAACAGCUGCUGCAACACCAACACCAACAGAAGUUUCAGCUUCACCAAAACCAGCAAAGUUGGCAUGGACCAAAUCAAUGACAGAUUUAAAGAAACUAUCUACUACAGAGAGAGUUGUCACUAGUGUCAAAUAUCCAAGAUCAGAACCUUUGACUCGUGAUCAGUUGUUCAAUUUGGACAAGACUAUCAAUCUUGUUAAACUACAAGAACACUUUUUCAACGAAGGUAGAUUACAACAUGAGCAUGUCAUUGAAAUUGUUAAAAUGGCUGCUGAAGUAUUGGAAAGAGAACCAACUCUUUUGUGUGUUGAAGCUCCAAUCACAGUUUGUGGAGAUAUUCAUGGCCAAUUCUAUGAUUUGGUUAAACUUUUUGAAAAUGAUAUUGGUGGAAAUCCGGCCAACAACAGUUAUCUGUUCCUUGGUGACUAUGUAGAUAGAGGUUAUUUCUCAAUGGAGGUUAUUCUUUAUCUCUAUGCAUGCAAGAUUAACUAUCCAUCUACUUUCUUCCUUCUUAGAGGUAAUCAUGAAUGUAGACAUUUAACUGAUUAUUUUACUUUUAAAGAAGAAUGUUUACAUAAAUAUAGUGAAGAGAUAUAUGACUUUAUUACAGAAUCAUUUAAUGCACUCCCAUUGGCCGCCUUGUUGAAUGGUAAAUUCUUGUGUAUACAUGGAGGUCUAUCACCUGAUAUUAAAACUCUUGAUGACAUUGCAAAUAUUGAUAGAUUUAGAGAACCACCAUCAUCAGGACCAAUGUGUGAUUUAUUAUGGGCAGAUCCAAUGGAAGAAUUCACACCAGAUAUUAAAGAGCACUAUCUUCCCAAUGAUGUCAGAGGAUGUUCAUACAAUUAUAGUUACAAUGCAGUUUGUCACUUUUUACAACAAAACAAAUUACUCUCUGUCAUUAGAGCUCACGAAGCCCAAAAUGCUGGUUAUAGAAUGUAUCAUCGUAAUGCUGCCACUGGAUUUCCAUCAGUUAUUACACUCUUUUCUGCUCCAAACUAUUUGGAUGCCUAUAAUAAUAAGGGUGCUAUUCUAAGAUAUGAAAAUAAUGAAAUGAAUAUUAGACAAUUUACAUGUUCACCUCAUCCCUAUUGGUUACCAAACUUUAUGGAUGUAUUUACAUGGUCGAUGCCAUUUGUUUCAGAAAAGGUGGCAGAGAUGUUGUUGGUAUUCCUCAAUCUAUGUGACGAUGAGGAAGCAGAAAAGCAAGAAACCAAAGAGGUUGAUUCAGAAGAGGAAAAGAGAAAGCAGAUGCUUCGUGCCAAGGUUCGCUCUGUUUCAAAGAUUAUGAGAAUGUUCUCAAUCCUUCGUCAAGAGAGGGAAACGAUCAUGAUGAUCAAGAGUUUUACGCCAUCUAGAAAGAUUCCACAAGGUCUAUUGACAGAGGGCAAGGAUGCACUCAAAAGAGCAUUGGGCGACUUUGCCAAAGCCAGAAAGAUGGACAUGGUCAACGAAAAGAGACCACCACUCAUCGAUCGAGUCAAUAGUCGUGGUGAAUUACUUCGAAUGAAUAGUCGAGGUGAAUUGUUCCGUAUCAACAGUAGAGGUGAAUUAUUUAGAAGUAAUUCAUAUGCUGAUCUUAAACCAAAUCAUGGUCCUCAAGAAACUAUUACCGUUACAGAGGUAAUUGAUAAAAAAUCUCAUUAA